AUGCGGUAUAGAAAUGAUCUGAUAAAAUUUAAGAAGCAAAAACUUGAAAAGGUCAAUUAUGAUUACACGCAUCAUCAAGUAUACCACUGGUUAAGUGGUGGAGAGAGACGGAGACCUCAAUUUCUACGUCAGAAAACCAAGAUUAGGAAGCCACAAUUCAUGUCUAUUGACACAAGUUCUGCAGAAUCCAUGUCUGAAGCUGAGAGCACAGAUGCUGUGAAACGAUCUGGAACACAGAUGAGAUAUGAUUCUUCACAACAUUUUUUAGGUGGGGGACAACAUCCCAACGACCCACCAUCAUCAACACCG